AUGCAUAACGCGUCAGACGGCUGUCGCGCAUUGGAAGACUCAAACUCCACCGAUAAAGCUUGCAAGUUCGAUCUCGUGGCGUCUCAGCCGCCAGGCGGCAAUUCCACUGCGAGCGCCCGCCGAACAGUUGCGACUGGAGAAUAUUCUCCGAAUCAAGCCACAUCUAUUAUCUCAAGCAAUAAUCAUACCACUCAGCUCGGUAUCAGUCUUCCCGCUCCUUCCAAAGAGACACUCUCCGACACUCCUUCAUUCCAGGCUCAAGGCGAGUUCAAACUCCCUAUCUGGGGUCGAGGCUCAAGCGAAGCUCCACCAGCCUCCACAACCGCUUCAGUGACUGCAUCAACCUCUAUGUCGCAAGCCCGCGCAGCUCCCAGAGACCACCGUCCCCCUCCCAGUCGCUAUCAUCGCGAAGAAGAUAGCUAUCUUCCGGCCAAGAACAGAGACAAGGUUGCAGCUAUGAAAGGUGAAGCCGGAAGUGGAGAUCCGUCAUGGGAAGAGUUUGAGCGUAAGAGACGUGAGAUUCGAGCAGAUGUGGAUCAAUAUAAUCACAACAAGCGUGACGACAAGCAUGCUACAACAAACCUCCACCUGCUCCACCGCCUUCGGCAGCCGUUGAAAGCGAGUCAGGAACAUCGCAUCCAGGCACAAGUUGGGCACUACGCCAAGCUGGGCGAGUCACCGGCUAAUUGGCCCGUUGACGCCAACACGACACAACCUGGCCAGGCGUCCGCCGCCUUCGCACGUUCUAGAUUGGAGCUCCGAGGUCGUACGGUCGACACAGAAGUGAGAGAUCAUAUUGCUACGCGAGCCAGCCAGGUGAUGCCUCGAAAAAGUAAUGAGUCGAAUACUGAACCCAGGUAUUAUGCUGCUACCCAUGCAAAGCAACAUCAAGCCAAGCGUAACCCGCGCUGGGCUACUACAUCUGAAACUAAAGCCGAAGCUCAUGAAGUUGACAGCAAUGCCUGGGGCUCCGUUAUCCCAGAUGAUGCAACACAAUCUGGUGACUCGGUGGCUGCUAUCAACGACGGCAACGUCUUCGUGAGAAGAGACAAGCACGAAGCCGAUGCGGCUUUGGUGGGUUGGGAUGGAGGUUUUAUGCAGCCGCCAAUCGACUGGGAACGACGCCCAAGGAUGCAUUCUCAGCGGUUUUAUCCUGGUUUCGGCGACUAUGGCGUGUUCUUAGAAGAUGUCUUCCACCACCAGUAUCCUGAAAUAUGCUUUGCUGCUAUCCCACCUGAGAAGCUGAUGGACAUCGGUCUCCAUGCUGAUGGUAUUGGACUUGCACCCCGAAGUCACACCAUCACUGCUCAGAACAUCAUGUCGUACUUCGGCUACGGCAGUGGUCUCGAAGAUAAUGUCCGUCAUGAGAUCAACAAAUCCACCAGCGAUGACUUCGACCGAGAAGGUCGUAGCGAUCAUGUCGACCUUGAAGAACUGGGCUAUGCAGAAACCAGCGAGGUCUAUUGUCAGCGUUUCCUUGCCUACAUUUCCAAGCACGCGGCAAAGAGCAACAAAGUGAUACCUCAACCGGAGCCGGAAGCGGAGAUGCCAACCGUCGCCACAUGUGAACCCCUGUUGAGUAUCUACCUGCGUCCUGCUGCCUACAUCGACCUGCCACAGCUUACGGAGAUCUACAACUGGCAUAUCGCGAACGGACCUCGUCCAGCAGAGAUGGUCGCCAUUCCCGAGUCCGAUAUGCGUGACCGUUUCGAUGAAGCUGUUGAUCACAAACUACCUUUCAUUGUAGCCGUGGAGAAGGUCAAGGCUAAGAAGCAGAAUCGUGCUAGGAUGCGUAGCAAUGGUAUGGCGAGCAAUCAUCCAAUCCAGAACACAAACCCUAAUUAUCAAGCAGUGAUUGUUGAGGAGAAGAUCGUGGGCUGGGGUUACGCCACCGACUGGAGCGCUUCCGACUACGUUGAGCGCAUCUCCGCUGAAAUUGAGAUCUAUGUUGAUCCAAAGUACCGUCUUUUGGGAGUGGGAAAAUGCCUGAUGGACAAGAUGCUCCAGAUAUGCGACCGCGGCUACCUUGUCAGAGGCGGCUAUGACUUCAACUGCUUGCCCGAGAAGGCACACAUGUACAGUGAGGGCGGUGCGCGAGACUUGCACAAGAUCUACUUCAUUCUGCGAACUUGGUCCACACCACUCAAGACUGUCAAUGAGGAGACGACCAAGAAAAUCCACGAUCAAGAAGAUGAGUACGACUUAUGGCUGAAAGAGUGGCUCGAGUCCUGGGAUUUCGAGCAAGAAGGUCGGCUGAAGCAGAUUGGUGUCAAGAAUGGUCGCUAG